UUGUUGACAUUUUCGUUUAAGAAAACCUCGAUAGCAUGAAGAAGAUUAUUAUUGGCAUUUUUUAAGUUGAGGAGUAAAAGUUCUUCGAAAAAUAGAUAGAAAAAGAAAGAGAAAGAUGGGUCGGAUUCCAUGCUGUGAGAAGGACACUGUGAAAAGGGGGCAGUGGACUCCUGAAGAAGAUAACAAGCUCUCUUCCUACAUUGCCCAACAUGGCACUCGUAACUGGCGCCUCAUCCCCAAAAAUGCUGGUUUACAAAGAUGUGGGAAAAGCUGCAGGCUACGUUGGACAAACUACCUUCGCCCUGACCUUAAGCACGGACAAUUCUCCGACGCGGAAGAGCAAAUAAUUGUUAAGCUCCACUCCAUUGUUGGCAACCGAUGGUCGUUGAUUGCAGCGCGACUACCUGGCCGCACCGACAACGAUGUGAAAAAUCACUGGAACACCAAGCUGAAGAAGAAGCUAUCAGGCAUGGGGAUCGACCCCAUCACACACAAACCCUUUUCCCACCUCAUGGCCGAGAUUGCAACCACACUAGAGCCGCCACAGGCGGCUCACCUUGCAGAAUCAGCACUCGACUUCUUUAAGGACGAAAUGCUCCACCUCCUUACAAAGAAGCGCAUGGACUUCCAGCUCCAACACAUCAAUCCAACGCCGGGAAACAGCACGGCCACGUACAUUAACAGAAAGCAGGAAGAAAAAGACGUUACUAUUGAAAAGAUCAAGAUUGGUUUAUCUAGGGCAAUGCAAGAACAACCAGACAUGUUAAACUCAAACAAACUUUGGACGGACACUACUGGAGCAACAUCUAUGAACAUCACAGGGAACUACAGUCCUUUCCCCUUGCCCAUGUCUGGAAUUCAGUACGGCCAUUCAACGUUUGGGAAUGAAGGCAAUGGAUCGCUGUGGAGCCAGAGUCUAUGUACUGGAAGUACGGCAGCAGAUCAGCUGGGCCAGUUGCAUGACAAACUUGAGGUGGAAGAAAACGGAGAGGAGUCCACGGGUGGAAAGGAGCUGAGAAACGGAUCAUCCAACAUAUUCAACUCGGAUGGUCUCUUGUGGGAUUUACCAUCUGAUGAUCUGAUGAAUCAGAUGGUUUAGUAUAAAUACAAGUGUGAAGGAAAUUUAAAAGAUAGGCUCAAAUCCCUGAAAUUUCUUGUGGCUGUGACAAUGCCAAUGUAA